GUCGGUGCGGCCGCCAUGGCGCUCGCUUCGCUCCCGCAGCUGGAGGCGCUGAAAUACGUCGAGCUCCAGCGGAUCGCAAAGGCUGCCGGCUUGAAGGCCAACCUCCGGGCAGACAAAUUGCUGAAUGCGCUGAAGGAACACUUUCAUGGAACAAAACAAGAAGAUAUGGACACUGAAAAAAAUGCAUCUGCUUCCAUCAAAUUUGAUGAACUGAAUGAUCAGGAGGAAAUGAUGCCUGAUUCCACGUGUUUUAUUACAAAAAGACGUGGUAAAGAAAAGAAAAUAACCAGAAAAAAGAGGAACUCCAAUGAGGAAACUAAUACUGGUGAAGAAAAUACAGGGCUCUCCGAUGACAAAGAGGAGCAUUCCGAAAUGAAAGAAAACAAGGUGCCUCGAGGUCAGCAUGAAAAGGGACAGCAGGUAUUCCAAAAUGAGGAACAAGUAACUAAAAAGAAAGAUACUAAGAAUCCAGCUAUAAGUACUGGUCAGAAAGAACAACUAGAGAAGACUUCCACUAAAAGUAGUGGAGAUGAAUGUGAUGCUCGUCAGGCAAGAGGGAAGAUCCCUUUAUAUGUGGGCCGUGCAUCUAGGUCUGGGAAAAGAGGAACAAAAGUUACUACACCAAACUUUAAAAAGUUGCAUGAGGCUCACUUCAAGAAAAUGGAAUCUAUUGCUGACUACAUUGAAAGGAAAAAACAAGUGAUUGAAAACUGCAGCAGUUCUCUCUCUGAAGUCAAGAAACAAGCCAGAAGCAAAACAUGUUUAUUCAGCCCAAAUCCAGAAAGAGGCAGAUUCUCUGCCACUUGCACUCCGAGUAACCUCCGGCGCUCCCCACGCAGCUCUCUGAACACUGCCAGUCGGAGUAUUUUAUCUAGGAAAUCCUCAUUUAAUCCUUCUGUCCUUUCAACAGCCAAAAUGAACGUCAGGUUUUCUGAAGCUACAAAAGAUAACGAGCAUAAACGUUCUCUUACCAAGACUCCAUCUAGAAUGUCUCCAGACUUGCAGAUCUGCACACCUGAUAGCCAAAAGAGCUGCAAACUAAUUAACCAGAAAAACAGCAAGGGAAAUGAAGGAAGUAAUGAUCUGAGUGUGUCAAAAGUUAUCACCCCCUUCAAGUUUGCAGCUCACUCUGCAGAGCCGACAAGCACAAAGAAGACAUUUGAUCUCAAAGCAAGUCUCUCCAGGCCACUUCCAUACCAGCCACAUAAAGGAAGACUAAAACCUUGGGGAGAAUUUAAAGAAAAUACUGUCCUCAAGAAGUCUGUCAGUAGCAACAUCUCUUCACGUAAGAAAGAUUACAAACAGCCGCAUCUCCAGACAAGGGAAGAAAGACGUGAGAAACAUGAGCAAGAGAGAAAAAUGAAAAAGGCUCAGGCUCUCAGAAACCGUAGAGGACUAUCUGUGGGUUAGGAGGAGUAAGAAAUAUCUAAGAAAUCACUGUAAAUAUUGUUACUGUCAUGUAAAUAUUUGUGCUGUCUGUGUAUGGUUUAGGUUGCUGUUAGCAAGCGGAAUCCAGAGAGCAUUGGGUGAGACCAUAAAACACAUCUGAGUGUAAUGUUUUAGUUAUCAGCUUCAAAGAGAUGCUAAACUUUUAUGAGCUUAAAACUAUCUUGAGUUCGCUAAUGAUAUUUGCAUUUAACUUAUUUAACAAAAAGAUGCUAAAGCAGAAAAUGUAAGGAAAAAAGAUGCUCAAGAAACCUCAGUGCAACUUAGGCCAGAUUUCCCCACCAGAAAGCAUUUGCUGACCACUAGAAUGCAUGCUUUGGACAAGCAGCUUCAAAAUGUCCCACUGAUAUACUCCAAGACAGGAGUUGGAGAUGUCUCCUUCCCCUGUUCUCCAGAUCAGUCCCUAAGUUACAUAACAGAGCAAUUAUUCAGCAUUUCCAAUUGCAUGCCUAGGGAUUAGUAGGGAAUUUUCAAGAGAAGAAAAAAUAUUCAAGCUCUCUGGAAAACUAGAAGCUCAGAGUGUUAACAUAGUUGUAAAAUAUCUUAUUUAAAAAAAACAGCUGAAAAGUAGCUUUACAAACUACCAAUUGGAUGCUUUGAACAGUUAAGUUCAUUUUGUUCCUUUCUAUGGUAAAUAGAUGUCAAAAUUCUGCUUUUAAUGUCUGUGAUGCUUAAAAGAGUAAUGUAGAGGCACAUUCAAUACUUUAGAUGUAAAAGUUCUUGUUUUUCCUUUUAAAAAAUACAUAGAAAAGCUCUCUGGAUUUAUUAUGGAUGGAACUGGAAAGGUAGUUUAAGCUCAGCAAGUAAUUUGUUCAGUGUACUUUGUGUCCUAUAAAAUAUGCUGAAAUGUCAAGAACAAGCUAUUUUUUUGUUAUAAACUUAGUACGAGGGAAAAUAAAUAUUUUGUAUAUACCUUGUUUAGCACUGGUUGUAUGGCCUCAUGUACUACGUAAAACCACCUUUGUAGUGUAGCACUAGUUUUGUUCACACAUGUAUUUACUACUCAGUGUCUUGUCAUGAGUUUGCCUUACCCAUUAGCCUGCCUGCCACUUCAGGAAAGUGUUCUGCUAUCUUUAGAAAUUAUAACUGUCACCUCUCUUCUGCACUUCAGUUGUGUAAUUCUGUGCAAGGGGAAAAUGAUAGCACAAGACACUGCUCCAGCUUGCUUUUUUGUGGCAUCUUCCAUAUAAAAUAUAGGUACACUUAAUACUUGUAACAAACACACAAGGUCACCCCCGUGGAGUCAGUGCUUUGAUUAGAUUAGUUUGUGACAGCUGAAAUGAAACCACUCAGCACAUCUUCUUUAAAGUGCUUCUCAAAUUACAAAAAAAAACAGACUUCUCCUAAAAAGGGAGGUUUUGAGUUUCUCUGCCACUGGCUGAGGCUGUUACUUCUUAGAACACAGCAGAGUGAAGCUAGUUGCACACAUCAGAAGUGUUUGAUCUGACCUGCCUCGUAAUGGUGCUAAUUAAGCUGAGCUGUGCCUGCUUAGGGAGCAGGCACUAACAGGGGUUUCCUUUUGGGAGAUUACUUCAUGUCAACAACAUUAGCAUCAACAGCUCUAAACUAAAAGCCAAGCUCCCUGCACAGCUACUGUUUCAAUGUUGGCAGUAGCAGCUUUUUCUUUUUUCAGUUACUCAGAGGAGCUAAAGGUUGAAAUGCUUCUUCCACUUCUGGUGCUCCUCUGAAAAUUUCAGUGGCUGAGUCACACUGAAGCACUGUUCCCCAGAGUAUUAAUUCUCAUACUCUUCCCAGUUUAAAAAGUAGUAGAUAUAUAUGUCUUACAAGCUGUAUAAUGUAAAAAAGGAAGCUGUUGUACAAAAAAGAA